AUGUCACCCCUUCAAUCGAAAAAUUGGCUUGGAGACCGGAAGGGUCACCACCUUGGUUGGACCAGGUUAUACUUUCCUCAUGAUGGUAUGCAGGGCGCAGACCAGGUGCCGGAUGACAACUACGUGUGCGAAUGCGACUCUGAAGAGCCCGGGUAUAACCCCAACGCUUGUGAUGAGGAGCUCUACAAGCCUGUGCAAGAGCCCUUCGUAGUCCCGCCACCUGUCAUGGUCCCUUACAAGAAGCAGAAGCGCGGCGCUCCCGUAGGCCGCCGCGAGCUGUUUGACAAGCAUCGAAACCACGCUCCAAGCCGGACCGGUGCCAUUUUAAACGGUUCGGUUUGCGAGGCUAUCUGCCUUGACGUGCCUUUUCGCUCCCAAUGUUGCAAGGCUUAUGUGACGAAAAGGGCCAAGAGUGCUAAGCGAAAGGUCGAUGAUGAUUUGAAGGAGCAGGUUCGAUCCUUCCAAGACGGAGAUUUUGAGCUGGCAGAGGAGGAGAUAGCCAAGGAAUACCAGAUAACCAAGGACGAAGCAGCCUUUGAUAAAAUUGUAUGGUAUACCAGUGGUUUGGACCAAUGGUGCGAUGAGGAUGAGGAUGAUGAUGACGAUGGUUAUUGGAGGACUUACACGCCUAGGAUACGUCUAUAG